AUGAAAAGCAUCAGUUGGAAUGUUUGUGGAUUGGGGAGUCCACGAAUAGUUAAAAGGCUGCGACAUUUCUUAAGGCAACAUAAUCCCCAAAUGGUCUUCUUAAUGGAGACGAAAAUUAACAAGCAAUGUAUGGAAAAAGUCAGGAGAAGUUGUGGGUUUCUAAAUGGUAUUGAGGUUGCUGCGGAGGGUUCUAGAGAUGGACUAUGUUUAGCUUGGAAAGGAGAUAUUUUAGUCACACUGAGAAGUUUUUCCAGAAGUCAUAUUGAUGUUAUGGUGAAUGAAGAGGUUGAUAAUGUAGAGUGGAGAUUCACAGGAUUCUAUGGAUCCCCUUAUGUUAAAGAUAAGGAGGAGUCUUGGAACCUUUUACGAAAAUUGGGACAGAAUCAGGAACACCCGUGGCUUGUAACUGGGGAUUUCAACGAAAUUAUGUAUUCUUUCGAGAAGAAAGGAGGGCUUCUAACAGAAGAAAGAAGAAUGAAGGCUUUCAGAAAGACCCUUGAGGAAUGUCAAUUAGAAGAUCUGGGGUAUACAGGGGCUUGGUUCACAUGGAAAAGAGGGAAUCUGCCUGAAACAAACAUCAGAGAAAGAUUGGAUAGAGGUGUUGCAAACGACAAAUGGAGAAACCUUUUCCUAAAUGGUAACAUUCAACACUUAAUUCACUCGAUCUCUGAUCACUGUCCAAUUUUACUCAAUACAAGAAAUGGUACUGAUUAUGUGGGGAGGCAAAGGUUCAAGUUUGAGGCAUGGUGGAUUAUGGAAGAGUCUUUAGAAGGAAAAAUUAAAUCAUCUUGGGAGACACCAGCUGAUUCUUUAAUGGAGAAAAUGGAAAUGCUUCAAUCGAAUUUAAUGGUAUGA